ACACAGGGCUGAGAAUGAGGCGAUAGCUUAGGAUGAAGACCUAACCCUGAGGGCCGGUGGAAAAUGAGGCUGGAGUCCCUGCUGCAGCUGGUAUUGCUGCUCUCCCUGCCCAGGAUCCUGGAGGGCAAGGGAUGCCCAUCUCCACCCUGCGAGUGCCAGCAGGAGGACGACUUCAAAGUCACCUGCAAGGAUAUUCACCGCAUCCCCAGCCUACCGCCCAGUACGCAGACUCUGAAGCUCACAGAGACUCAUCUGAAAACCAUUCCCAGUCUUGCAUUUUCAAAUCUGCCCAAUAUUUCCAGGAUCUACUUAUCUAUAGAUGGAACUCUGCAGCAGUUGGAAUCACAUUCCUUCUACAAUUUGAGCAAAAUGACUCACAUAGAAAUUCGGAACACCAGAAGCUUAACUUUCAUAGACCCCGAUGCCCUGAGAGAGCUCCCCCUCCUCAAGUUCCUUGGCAUUUUCAACACUGGACUUCGAAUAUUCCCAGACCUGACCAAAGUUCAUUCCACGGAUGUGUUCUUUAUACUUGAAAUUACGGACAACCCUUACAUGACUUCAAUCCCUGUAAAUGCAUUUCAGGGACUGUGCAAUGAAACCUUAACACUGAAACUGUACAACAAUGGCUUUACUACAAUCCAAGAACAUGCUUUCAAUGGGACGAAACUGGAUGCUGUUUACCUAAACAAGAAUAAAUACCUGACAGUGAUUGACAAAGAUGCAUUUGGAGGAGUAUACAGUGGACCAACCCUACUGGAUGUGUCUUAUACCAGUGUUACUGCCCUGCCACCCAAAGGCCUGGAGCACCUGAAGGAACUGAUAGCAAGAAACACUUGGACUCUUAAGAAACUUCCGCUUUCCUUGAGCUUCCUUCACCUCACCAGGGCUGAUCUUUCUUACCCAAGCCACUGCUGUGCUUUUAAGAAUCAGAAGAAAAUCAGAGGAAUCCUUGAAUCCUUGAUGUGUAAUGAGAGCAGUAUCCGGAGUCUACGUCACAGAAAAUCUGUGAAUGGCCCCAUCUACCAGGAAUAUGAAGACGAUUCUGGUGACAGCAAUGUUGAAUACAAGCAAAACUCCAAGUUCCAGGAAGCCCACAGCAACUCCCAUUAUUACGUCUUCUUUGAAGAGCAAGAGGAUGAGAUCAUUGGCUUUGGCCAGGAGCUCAAAAAUGCCCAAGAAGAAACUCUACAAGCCUUUGAUAGCCAUUACGACUAUACCGUGUGUGGGGACAAUGAAGACAUGGUGUGUACCCCCAAGUCGGAUGAGUUCAACCCCUGUGAAGACAUAAUGGGCUACAAGUUCCUGAGAAUCGUGGUGUGGUUUGUUAGUCUGCUGGCUCUCCUAGGCAAUGUCUUUGUCCUGUUCAUCAUUCUCACUAGCCACUACAAACUGACCGUUCCACGCUUUCUCAUGUGCAACUUGGCCUUUGCAGAUUUCUGCAUGGGGAUAUACCUACUCCUCAUCGCCUCUGUGGACCUCCACACUCACUCUGAGUACUACAACCAUGCCAUCGACUGGCAGACAGGCCCUGGGUGCAACACAGCUGGUUUCUUCACUGUCUUUGCCAGUGAGUUGUCAGUGUACACGCUGACAGUCAUUACCCUGGAGCGUUGGUAUGCUAUCACCUUUGCCAUGCGCCUGGACCGCAAGAUCCGCCUCAGGCAUGCCUACGCCAUCAUGGUUGGUGGCUGGGUUUGUUGUUUCCUGCUUGCCCUGCUCCCUUUGGUGGGAAUAAGUAGCUAUGCCAAGGUCAGCAUCUGUCUGCCCAUGGACACUGAGACUCCUCUUGCUCUGGCAUAUAUUGUCCUUGUUCUGUUGCUCAAUAUUGUGGCCUUUGUCAUUGUGUGCUCCUGUUACGUGAAGAUCUACAUCACAGUCCGAAAUCCCCAGUACAACCCUGGAGACAAAGACACCAAAAUUGCCAAAAGGAUGGCCGUGUUGAUCUUCACUGACUUCAUGUGCAUGGCUCCAAUCUCCUUCUAUGCUCUGUCAGCACUUAUGAACAAGCCUCUCAUUACUGUUACCAACUCCAAAAUCUUGCUGGUUCUCUUUUAUCCACUUAACUCCUGCGCCAAUCCAUUCCUCUAUGCUAUUUUCACCAAGGCUUUCCAGAGAGAUGUGUUUAUCCUGCUCAGCAAGUUUGGCAUCUGUAAACGCCGGGCUCAGGCAUACCAGGACCAGAGAGUUUGUCCCAAGAACAGCACUGGCAUUCAGAUUCAUAAGGUUACCAGGGACAUGGGACAGAGUCUCCCCAAUAUGCAGGAUGCCUAUGAACUGCUGGAAAAUUCCCACCUAACUCCAAAUAAACAGGGCCGGAUCUCAGAAGAGUAUAAGCAAACAGUCUUGUAAGUUGACCCCACACCACUCACAAUGGUGGGGAGAUGUGCAAAAGGCUGGUUUCUUGAACGUGCAUUCCAAACUCAUAUCACACAAUUGACCUAACCUUUGUGCAGGGGAUGUUUCAUGAGAUCAUAGUUCAUCUCUGGAGAGUGACUAGCAUUACACUAACCUUUGCCUCUAAGAAGGAAGAGAAGCUACCAGUCCAUCCAAAUCCCAGGUGAUGUGAAAAUAACCUGUACUCUCUGGAAGGCUUGCUUAAUGGUAAAUUCAGAGAUGACCUGGUGUGACAUUUGCAACAAGUAUAGACUGAACCAUGUCAGCAUUGUUCUUCUUGCCUUUAUACAGCAUUUCAUACUAAAGAUUCAGCAAAUGGUGAUCACAAGAUAAAAUUGGCCCCAUAUUGACUCAGUUCAACUUCACAUUCCCUGAUACAACCAAAGAGUUUUAAUUCCUUAAAACUGAAAAGAUAAAAACAAAUAGUUGCCAUUCAAUAGCUGUAACGAGAUAGGAAGGAGGGAAAAGGAUUAGUUUUGAGGUUUUUGGUUUUUUUUUUUUUUUUUUCUUUCCAGACCCUGAAAGUAUUAAUCAUUUCUUCACUAGGAUCUACCUGAUAUUAUGUGUU